CUUACGUUAUUGAUGAUAUGAUUGAACCUAUUGAUGAGCCUUUAAAUAGUCGAGACUCCAUAGUUCUUGAAUAUAACGACGAAGAUACAGAGGUGGUUAUUGAAGAUGUUUCACACGAUUUAGCUGACAGUAGCAGUGAUUCGAAUGCUGAUAAAAUUAUACAUGUAGAAAAAAAAAUGAAACAUAGUGAUGAACCAAAGCUUGAACGUAAGCUUUGGCCACCAAAUAUCACAGAAACUUUUGUUGAACUUGUAGAAAAAUACCAAAAAGAUUUAGAGUCUUUUAAAAAGAAACACGUCUGGCAAAAAAUUUCUGAGAAAAUUAAUAAUCAAUAUCAGAGUAAAAUAACUGCACAGCAAUGUGAAACUAAAUGGAAAAGUGUUGUAAGAAAAUACAAAGAGAUUAAGCGGAUCAAUUCUACAUCUGGGCAAAGUCGAAAAAAAUGGGAUCUAUAUGAUAAAGUUAAUGCAAUUAUGUUUAUGAAACCUGAAAUUGAACCAGUUGCAAUAUGUAGCAAUAAACGAGGUCUAGUUAUCAAUAAGAAUACUAAUUCAACUUCAGACGAAGGAGCCAGUUGCUCUUAUAAGACAGACCAUGAAUCUUUUGAUGACAGCAAUGAUAAGGAUUAUGAAUCUUCAUUCUCAAUGAAAAGAAGAAAAAGCAUAACCCCUACCGAACGGCAUCAUCAAGAAAAACUGGAACGUAUGGACAAGUACAAUGAUCUCUUUGCUGGACUUAUUCAUGCUAUUGGGAAAAAAUCUGAUAAUAAAAGAAGAAGACGUACAAGUAGCUCAUCUUCAUCAAGUUCUGAUUGAUGUUGUAUAUUUUAUCGUUCAUUCUUUCAUAAGAAUUACAUGGCUUAAUUUUAAUUACAACUAUUCUUAAGUAUAAUUUGUGCUUAUUUAACUUUAAUUAUAUCUGUUUUUCAAUUUUCAUACUUAGCUAAA